AUGGCUUGGCGCAGUUCGGGCGCGUCCAACCGGGACCUUAUCGAGAACCUGUGGCGCAACAAGCUCAUCCAGGACAUGCGCGUCAAAGAAGCCUUCCUCAAGGUUGACCGUGCCCACUACGCGCCCUCAUCCCCAUACGAGGACCGCCCGCAGCCCAUCGGCUACAGUGCCACCAUCUCGGCUCCGCACAUGCACGCCUCGGCCGUCGAGAGCCUGCUGCCCUUCCUGCUGCCCACGGUCGACGACCCGGACGCCCUCCCCGCUGCCGCGCCGCGCGGCCGCCGCGUGCUGGACAUCGGCUCCGGCUCCGGCUACCUAACUCACGUCAUGGCGGAGCUGGCCGGGCCCGAGGGUGUCGUCGUCGGCGUCGAGCACAUCGCCGCCCUGCGCGACCUCGGCGAGAGGAACAUGAGCAAGUCGGCCGAGGGCCGCGAGAUGCUCGCCGAGGGCCGCGUGCGCUUCCGCGUCGGCGACGGCCGCAAGGGCUGGGUCGAGCCCGACGAGCAGCAGCAGGACGACAGCGCAGCGGCACCCACGGCAACGACGCCAGGGUGGGACGCCAUCCACGUCGGCGCCAGCGCGACCGAGCUCCACCCCGCCCUGCUCGCGCAGAUGCGCGCUCCCGGCCGCAUGUUCAUCCCCGUCGACGACGACCCAGACGGCUACGGCCAGCACGUGUGGUGCGUCGACAAGGACAAGGAGGGAGAGGUCACCAAGACGAGGCUCUUCGGCGUCAAGUAUGUGCCGUUGACCGAUGCACCGGCGUGA